UCAGGAUUAAGAGCAGUAACAACAGCAACAGCUGAGCCAAAAUGACCACCUCUAACAUGAAUAUGAUGAGCAAGAUCAUCUUUUACGAGGACAGGAACUUCCAGGGCCGGUCCUACGAGUGUAUGAACGACAUGUCUGACAUGUCCUCCUACAUGUCCCGCUGCCACUCCUGCAGGGUGGAGAGAGGAUGCUUUAUGGUCUACGACCGCACCAACUACAUGGGUAACCAGUACUUCAUGAGGAGGGGCGAGUACUCAGACUACAUGAGCAUGAUGGGCAUGAGCGACUGCAUCAGGUCUUGCCGUAUGAUCCCCAUGUACAGAGGAAACUACAGGAUGAGGAUCUAUGAGAGGGAGAACUUUGGAGGUCAGAUGUACGAGAUGAUGGACGACUGUGACUCCAUCAUGGACCGUUACCGCAUGUCCAACUGCAUGUCCUGCAACUUGAUGGAGGGCCACUGGCUGAUGUACGAGCAGCCCAACUACAGAGGCAGGAUGAUGUACAUGAGGCCUGGAGAGUACAGGAGCUUUGGACAGAUGUUUGGAGGCAUGGGAGGCAUGGGCGGCAUGAGGUUCAUGAGCAUGAGGCGCAUCAUGGAUUCCUUCUACUAGAUCUUUUGCACUUAAUAAAGGAAUCUUAAAAAA